AAAACAUAUGAUUCAUUUAUGUCUUCUAUUUUUCUCUCUUCUCCACAGAAUCAUCUCUUUCUAAAUUGAGUCAUACCUGCACUCAAGCUACUAAAGAUAUAAUGCAAGCCAUGAACCAGUACGAUCCGACGUCGUCUCACGACGAUUUCCUCGACCAGAUUCUCUCUUCCGUUCCUUCUUCUUCACCUUGUUGGCCAGACCUUUCCAAAUCCUGGGACCCACACCACCACCACCUCUCUCCGCCGCUGCCGCCUAACCCUAGCUCCGGCGAUGACCACCAGCCUCCUCCUUCUAAUCCUCUUCAGCAUUUCCAAUAUGACGACCAGUCUUCUUCUUUCCUUGCUGCCAAGCUCCGCCAGCACCAGAUCACUGGUGGCGGUGGCGGUGGUGGCGGCACUGUAGCAGCUGCUAAAGCACUUUUGCUCCAGCAACAACUUUUACUUUCCAGAACACUCGCCGGAAACGGCCUUAGGUCUCCGACUGGAGCCUCCGGUGACAACGGCUUCCUUAACAUGCUCGGUAAUGGUGACCAAAACGACGGCGUCGGAAAUCCGGCUAAUGACAGUUCCGUUCAAGCUCUUUUCAACGGAUUCACUGGAUCUCUUGGUCAAAACUCAAGUCAACCUCAACAUUUUCAUCAUCCUCAGGGAGGAACGAUGCAGGCGCAGAGUUUCGGAGCUACGGCAACGGUGCCGGCGAUGAAUCAAACUCCGGCAGCAAGUGGUUCAGCUGUUGGAGGUACAACGCCGGCGGCACAGCCAAAGCAACAGCGAGUGAGAGCUCGUAGAGGACAAGCAACUGAUCCUCACAGUAUUGCUGAACGAUUACGUAGAGAGAGAAUUGCAGAGAGAAUGAAGGCUUUGCAGGAGCUGGUACCCAAUGCCAAUAAGACGGACAAGGCUUCAAUGCUGGAUGAGAUCAUCGACUAUGUCAAAUUCCUACAGCUCCAAGUCAAAGUUCUGAGUAUGAGUAGAUUGGGUGGUGCUGCAGCUGUUGCUCCCCUAGUUGCUGAUAUGUCCUCUGAGGGAAGAGGAGAAGGAAAUGGAGGAAGGGGAGGAAACGGAACGGCGUCGUCCUCAAACAAUGACAGUAUGACGGUAACGGAGCACCAGGUGGCUAAACUAAUGGAGGAGGAUAUGGGUUCAGCAAUGCAAUAUCUGCAAGGGAAAGGCUUAUGCCUAAUGCCAAUUUCCUUAGCUACAGCUAUUUCAACUGCCACGUGUCACUCCAGGAACCCCAUGAUCCCUAACGGUAACGGUGGCAACAACCCACUACUCGGCGGAGGAGGAGGCCCCGCCACCAACGGCGGUGGUGGCGAGGCUGGUGGACCAUCCUCUCCUAACUUGUCGGUUUUGACUGUCCAGUCAGCCACGAUUGGUAACGGCGGAAUUGAUCCCUCCGUUAAAGACGCUACUUCUGUUUCUGAAGCUUAAGAAGUUUGUUUGGAAGUUUUUUAACGGCGUUGACUGUUUCACUGACCCCCUUUUCUACGGAGAAAAAAGAAAUUAAAUGUGAAAAUAGUGCGUGGCCAUCAAAGUCAAGUCUACCAAAAUAAGGGUCUUUUAGUCUUUAUUUUUAUCUUUUUUUCAAUUUCAUAUGGAAAAAAAAAAAAAAAAAAAGAGAGAACCAAGAACGAUGCCGUAUUUAGGUAGACUUGGUUGAAGUAAGCUUAACUUAAGCUAACAGCAGGAAAUGCCAAUGGAAAUUAAGUACUCAUGUUACUUUUAAUCUUUUCUCCUUAAUGAUGAUCCUUUGAUUUCCCUGUUCUA